UUGCAUUCAUUACACCACCCGCCCGCCAUGAAUGACGACUCGUCGCCCCCGCCCGCCUCGACGUCGUUGUCGUCGUCGUCGUCAACCCUAACCACCACCACCAACACCACCACCGCGUCGCAAUCCCACCCGCCUCCGCCAACACCGCAUCAUCAAUCCCACAGCACCAGCGGCAGCAGCGGCGGCGGCACCAGCAUCUUCUCGCGACGCCCCUCCUUCUUCGGCGGCCGGUCCUCGUCCAAAGCGCCCCCCAAAACCCCCACCAGCGUGCUCCCGCCCAUCAUCCAGCUGCCUCCCGUGUCCACCACCAGCCCGCUCGACGCCCUCCCGCCGCCCGUCCCCGACUCCUUCGCCGGCCCGCCGUCCAAGGCCCAGGCCAUCCUCUCCACUCCACCGCGCCACAACAAAUCCUCUUCGCGCCAUAGCAUCUCGUCCACCCUCGGCGACUUUGGCGUGCAGUUGCAGCGCUCGCGCAGUGCCUCGCUCCGCACAAACGGCACCACCGACUCGUCGGCCAACACCAGCACCCACACCUCGUCCUCCCACAAGAGGACCCCCUCCUCCACCGUGGCGCAAUCCUUCUCCCCGGAGAAGAAUGCCUCGUCUCUCUCGACUGCCACCACCGCCGUGUCCAGCACCAGCAAUGGAGCCCCCUCCAAUAUCUCGUCGUCCUCGUCGCGGCCCGCCCUCUCCAUCUCCACCUUCUCGCGCAGCAGGCAGAAGAACGGCUCCGACUCCCACCCAAGACCCGACACGCGCCAAGGCUUCGACAAGCCGCCCCCCAGCGCCUCCAUGACCUCGUCCUCGCGAUACUCUUCCGCUGCCAAAUCAGACCUCCAACAAGCUCGCCGUCCCCAAGACAUGUAUUCCGCCAGCCUGGGCCCCGCCGCCCCCAUUCCAUUGCAAGGCGGCAACAACUCCAACCCACAUGCAAUCUUCCAACACAUUCAGGAGAUGGCCUCGAAGCGGAUAUCCACCCUAGAUUACUUGCGCAAGUCCCACGAAGGCCGCAUAUACUGGUUCAACACGCUCCUCUUCUCCAAACAAGACCUCACCCGCCUCCCCUCCUUUACCCCCCGCAACCUCGCCCGCCGCGCAACCCACUACCUCCUCCUCGGCUUCUCGCUCCCCACCAUCCUCGAUCUCAACUCCUCGUCCCCAAGCGACUACCUCCGCGCCCUCAACUCUCUCCUCGUCGAAUUCGAACAAUACCAGUCCAUCCACCCUGCCGACGGCUCCGCCCCAAGUAGUCUAGGGCGUGGCCGCAUCCCGGGCAUGCAGAUGUUCAAACGAGCAAACAUUACCGGCAAAGGUCGUCGAAGCUCCAGCGCCGCCGACGGUUUCCCGACUCUGAACUCGGUCAACGGGGGCUUCGAGUUCGGCGGCGGCGCUGUGGGCGGCGGCGGCGCGAAUUCCAUGGGCGGUGGCAUCAGCGGCCUCGACUCCAUGCCCGAAACCGACUCCCUCCUUCCAAACGAAUCGUAUAGUUUCUUGCAGACCCCUUCGCUGCCGUUCGAUCCCGACUUCUUCAGCACCUUUGCCACACUCUGCGAUGUCUUGAUUGAUUGCUAUACCAAGAUCCUGGGGCUGCUCAACUCGCCAGAGAGCAUCGUCAUGGCCGGGAAUGGCUUCCCGAUGACGGUUGCGGAGCUCUUCAACAAAGCUGAUGCGAGGGUCAGGAAGAUCAUUCUUGCGGGUGUUGUCAGGGAGUUUGAGGAGAGUUGUCGGCAAGGUGUCAAAGCUGAGGUCGGUGGGGUGGGUAAGGUCGUGUUGGGCGGGUUGAUGUGAAUCCCGCAUCCUACCGUCUGUUCACCCCCUUGUGUUGUCCUCCGUGUGUUAGCACGCCGUGAUGAGCUCGUGGUGUGUCCUUCGUUCUCACGAAGUCGGAUACUUGAGGGCAUUCUCCCUUUUCGUCGCUCUUCUUCGUAUCAAGUGGUUCUUCCGGUGGGGGGUUGUUUGUUGUUCCUUCCUCUUCUUCUUUUUUUUCCAAGCACGAAGUCGGAUUUAUGAUACCAAGAUUUAGUUUUGUAGCAUAUAUAGCAGUAGUGCACCAGUGUAGAGGGCUGUGAAGGGGAACGCGCGGAUAUGCUUCCCCCUCUUCCUCCACUUGAUCUCCUUUUUUUUCUUCUUCAAAUCUAGAUGGAUGGAUAUGAAUGGCAUGGCUAAACAGCGUUCGGCUUCUUUUUCCCCCGUCUCUCCAUCUACAUGCACGUCCGCUCUUGUUCUUGUCAUUGAGACGAUUCGUGGAUUUUCUGUUGUCUGACUGCUAGCAAUAACCACCGACCAACCCACCCACACACACACAUCUAUUCUCCCUCUCCCUCUCCCCACCAUUCCAC